UCUCACUCACUCGAGCCUAUUUCCGGUGCCAGGCCGGAAGUGGAGCGGAGAGGGUUGCUGGGCGUCUCCAGGCGGAAGUGGAGGAGACGAGCGCUGGGCGAGAGGUGAGGCAGCCACUCCCGUGAGGCUCCGGCUGAGGUGCUGAGAGAUGACAGAGCUGCAGAACCUAGUCGAACGGUUGGAGAGAGCAGUGGGACACUUAGAGAUGAUGUCUUAUCGUCCCGGUGGGCAUGGCAGCUGUGGGGAUAGCCCCCAGAAAGGACUAGCUGCGUAUGUACAAGCCUUCGACGCUCUUUUGGCAGGUCCAGUAACCGAAUACAUGAAGAUAAGCAAAGAGAUUGGUGGUGAUGUCCAAAAGCAUGCUGAUAUGGUCCAUGCAGGCUUGAUGACUGAAAGAGCUCUUCUGGUGACCGCAUCUCAGUGCCAGCAACCUGCAGCAAACAACUUCUCAUCCCUACUGAAGCCAAUAUCUGACCAGAUCCAAGUCGUCCAGAACUUCCGGGACAAGAACCGUGGCAGCAAACUCUUUAACCAUCUCUCAACGGUUGGGGAGAGCAUCCCUGCACUAGGUUGGGUUGCCAUGGCCCCCAAACCUGUCCCCUACGUGAAGGAAAUGACAGAUGCCGCCAUGUUCUAUAGCAACCGAGUCCUCAAGGAAUACAAAGAUGUCGAUAAGAAGCAUGUGGACUGGGUGAAAGCUUACCUGAGCAUCUGGACAGAGCUGCAGGCAUACAUCAAGGAAUAUCACACCACAGGCCUGUCCUGGAGCAAAACGGGACCAAUGUCCUCUGAUAAGGCAAAUGGAUCUCAGGCCCCUUCUCCCGCUUUCUGUGGAGGGCCUCCGCCACCACCCCCUGGACCCCCGCCUCCUCCGGCUCCGGCCCCCGCCAGCUCUGGCUCCGAUGACCCUGCCUCCCGCUCGGCUCUUUUUGCUCAGAUCAACCAGGGAGAAGGCAUCACUUCCGGUCUAAAGCACGUGUCCGAUGACAUGAAGACCCACAAGAACCCCACGCUGAAGAACCAAGGGGGGGCAAUAAGGACGGGACCAAAGCCCUUCACAGCCCCAAAGCCUGCAGGUGAUCGGAACACCUUCCAGAAGCCUCCUGUAAGGAAGGAGCCCCCGAUGCUGGAGCUGGAGGGGAAGAAAUGGAGAGUGGAGAACCAUGAGAACGCCUCUAACUUGGUGAUCAGCGACACAGAGCUGAAGCAGGUGGCCUACGUCUACAAGUGUGUGAACAGUACGCUCCAUAUCAAGGGCAAGAUCAACUCCGUCACGCUGGAUAACUGCAAGAAGGUUGGCCUGGUGUUCGAUGAUGUGGUGGGAAUCGUGGAGAUCAUAAACAGCCGAGACGUUCAAGUUCAGGUAAUGGGUAAAGUGCCAACCAUUUCUAUCAACAAGACAGACGGUUGUCAUGUCUACCUGAGCAAGGACUCCUUAAACUGCGAGAUUGUCAGUGCCAAGUCCUCAGAGAUGAACGUCCUCAUUCCCACAGAGAGCGGCGACUUUAACGAGUUCCCCAUCCCGGAACAGUUCAAGACGCUGUGGAACGGGAAGAAGUUAGUCACCACCGUGACAGAAAUUGCCGGAUAAGCUGACCUGGCAAUCCAGUCGCCCUCCUUUCGCCCCACUGUCACAGUGGGACACAAAUCUGCUUUCUUGGGGAUGAUUUUUAGAUUUCCUUUACCUUUUCCGCUCUCCGUCUGCUUCUGUCUUUUUGAGAGACUCACCUACCUUCCUUCACUGAAAAUACCUCAGUCUGGGAUUUUGGGGUAGGGUGGCAGGAUUCUUUCCUUCACUCUGUGGAACAGCAGGAAGGUGUGUGUUUUCCUCGUGGUCGGACAAAACCACAUCACCAAUCACGUUUUGUCAGACUCGUUUGUGCUGAUUGGAGCCAGGAUCAGUGGCUGGCUUCUAAGUGUUCUUUUUUUCCUCCCUCCUCUUUGUUUAAGCAACAAAAAACCCUCUCUCCCCUCUUGAAAAAAAGUAUCAGGGUAUGAAGUCCCCAGUCAUGUGUAUGUGAAAGUGUCUAUGGCAGGUAUGGAUUGGGGAAGUACAAGGGAAUUCACUAAUUCUGCUUAACUCAUUAACCAGGAGUGUUUAAAAGGAAAAGUUUAAACAGUUUCCAGGAAUGGCUUUGCUGGACCAAAGGCUGAAGACUGGGAUGUGUUCGCAUUCCUCCUUCUCCCCCAUAAUUAUAUUCCUUCCUGUGUGCUCAGUGUAAAAUUCUGUGUUGUGCCAUGAUGUUGGGGGAGACAUCAUCUCUGUUACAGGUGCCACAAGACAACCAUGGGACAGACCUCUCCCUCUUUCCAGGGAGUCCUUCCAGCAGCUUUGGAAGCUGCCACUCACCCAGUUCCAUUUAAGGCCUCCUUUAAAGGGAAAGUUGUGCCCAAAGGGUCCCUCUUCUGAGCAACUGAACAUUGUUCGGUCUUCCAGGACAGUUUGUUUCCCCGCUCAGAGCCCAUCCCUUGUUUUUUUCCAGGGAGGGAUGAGUUCUCCAUUCCAAGUCCAGUAUUUAGUUCUCCGUAAGCACAAGUUCAUUGCAGUUGGUUUGGUCAUUUCAUCCAAGCUUGUUGGCGUUGUGUAAUAGAGGCUGGGGAGCGUUCCUUCUCUGGCUGUCCCUUUCCCCUGUUGCUUGGCUUCUUCUCUGCCGAAAGUCUGGUGUGUGUUCACCUGGCGCCACAGUGGUUGCGUCAAAGCCAAAAGGCAUGGUACUGUACUGACCCACCAAAGGGAGCUGCCUGUGCGCCUAACUAGUAGUGUCUCGGAUAGCAUACACAUAUCUUACUUCCCUCUUUGCCACAGUUAAUGAGGUUUCCUUCCACUAAAAAAAGGAACGUAACAGAAGAUAUGCAAUUCCUCUUUUUAUUUUGAAACUGUCCUGUGACUUGUACUUCUCUCCUGAGGCUUGUGGAAAUAAAACCUUUCUUAUGUACUUAAAAUUAUACUGAAGAUAGAAUAAAGUUAAUGCCAAGUUGCUCAUUAA